AUGUCCAGCCAUACGAUCCUUUCUCACAUCUGCGAGGCAUGGCAGCCCGAGAACUACGUUCCUCAGUCGACCCCUUCCUCGCCUUUCGAUGAGUUCUUGAUCGAACUAUACGUCAACUUCAUGUACGUACCGUCACCAUCAUCAAUGGCGGGUCAGGGCCGAGGAGAGGAACCCAUGCAAGAAAACGACUCCAUCCUGAGUCCCACGGUGUACAAGUCUUUCAGGCACAGGCGUGAGCAUCUCAUCAAAGACUCGACGUCAUGGUCCAUGAUAUCCAACAUGCUUUCCCAGGUGAGCGUGCCCUACCAUGUCCAGCCCUUCAUGAUCGGGAAAAUCUCUGAGGCUGCGUGUUCGAUCGCCUCAGCCUCAGAGAACCUCAGCCUCAGGAUGCUUCCAAUGGUAGUCUCAAUUCUGGUCGUGGUGCCAGUGGACGAGGAAUCCGAGUUAUGCACAGAGAAAGAAAGCGAUUGGUCAUGUAUCGAGGGACUAGAGAAGGUGAGGGUAGAGAAAGAUUGUAUCGGUAACAGUAGUGAUAAUUAUCAGUGCGUAAUCUGUCUCGAGGAGAUUCCGGUAGGGAGUGAAGCCGUCUCGAUGCCCUGUUCGCAUUACUAUCAUGGAGACUGCAUUGCGAAUUGGCUGCAUAGGAGUAGCCUCUGCCCCUUGUGUCGGUUUCAGAUGCCGCUGAGCCGAUCAGAACAGGAAGCGCAAUGA